AUAGUGCGGACAAACUUACUAUGCAACCCAACUGGCAAGCCUCUUGCAUUUCGGGCAGUUGACUGGGUCGUCAAGCGUAAUAAUCUGUACACAAAGGUCAUAUUUCGUGGUGGUGGUCCAAACGGCACGCUCGAUCACAUCAUUAAAGAAUCACCUCUCAUUGAAGUAUAUCGAAGCUGUCAUGUAACAAUGGAAAAUGCCUUCCAUCUUCAGCACCACACUAUCCGCCAUGCCCCACCUGAUAUGACCAAGACAAUUCAGAAAUUGACAGCACGAAUCAAACAAAAGAACUCGCAUACCAAGAAAGAGGGCCGAAGUGCUCUGCAUUCAAUCCCCGAUCAAAUUGCUGCAGGAAUGGUGCUAAUACAAGAGCAAAAGAUAGUUAGUGAAGAGGACACUGGAGUGUUUGAACUGGAGGCGGAUGAUUUUAUCGACUGA